UUCUAGCGGUAACGUAGUUCUGUCUUUUGAAUAGCCUUUGAGCGACCCCACGGCACGGUGAAAUCAUUCCCAUCGGGUAGUUUUGUGCUUUUUCCAGGGUGGUCAUGAGAUCAGCAGGCAAAAACUGCAGACAUUCUGCUCCUCGUAAAAACGCCACGGUGUUUCCUCCUCCGCUUCGGCGCUAGAAAGUCAAACGGGCCACUUCGUCGCCCAUCAGAAAGUCGAAACGACCCGAAGACGGGGAGAUACUGUGGCGCAAGCAGCCCAAGGCGCCCCUCCCCACUUCCUCCGGUCUUGCCAAGCGGGCAGGCCUUCCCCCCCAGGAAGGGCCGCGCGGGCGGGGUCGGGCGGCGCUGCUGCUUCCCUCGCCGGGGGCUCUUCGCGGAGCGCCUGAGCAGCGGCUGAGGAGCGCCGGUGUGAUGUGGAGUCGGGGCUCGGACGGCCAAAGCGGUGGCGUUUCUCCCCCGGGUCCGAGAGGUCAUGGCGAACGUCAAAGUAGCCGUGCGGGUCCGGCCUCUCAGCAAAAGAGAGCAUGCAGAGGGACGAGGAAUAAUUGUAGAAAUUGAAGAUAGAGUGGCAAAAGUAAAAAAAGUAAAGGCAGACAAUAGGUUUGAAAGUAUUUGGGGCACAAGGGAAAAAGUUGUGGCAUAUGGUUUUGAUUACUGCUAUUGGUCAAUCGAUCCUGAGGAUCCAAAAUAUGCAUCUCAGGAAGUGGUUUUUCAGGACCUUGGUACAAUGGUGUUAUCCAGUGCUUUUAAAGGAUACAAUAUUUGUCUUUUUGCGUAUGGACAGACAGGUUCAGGAAAAACAUAUACCAUGAUGGGAACUCCAGUGAGUUAUAUCCUUGAUUAUGGUCUUUUUUCAAGAGAAGGUGCCUCUUCCAAACAGUCAGCAUCAUGCAGAGUAGAAGUUAGUUUCCUAGAAAUCUAUAAUGAGCAAGUCCGAGACUUAUUAAGGCAGCCAAACCACAAGAAGCCUUAUACACUUCGUGUCCGUGAACACCCCGAGAUGGGUCCGUAUGUACAAGGGCUAUCUCAGCACGUGGUUACGGACUACAGACAAGUAGUUGAACUUCUGGAAGAAGGAAUAGCAAAUAGAAUUACAGCAGCUACCCACGUUCAUGAUGCCAGCAGCAGAUCCCAUGCUAUUUUCACCAUCCAGUUUACUCAAGCUAUACUUGAGAAUAAUCUGCCUUCCGAAACAGCAAGUAAAAUCAAUUUAGUGGAUCUUGCAGGCAGUGAAAAGGCUGAUCCUAGUUACUGCAAACAUCGAAUCACAGAGGGUGCCAACAUUAACAAAUCAUUAGUUACUCUUGGAAUUGUCAUCUCUACUUUAGCUGAAAACACUCAGGUGUUCAGCAGCAGCCAGAGCAUCAGCAGUAUAGCCAGUGAAGUGGACGGUAACCGUAUGGACAGUUACUGUGGACCCAAUAUCAAUAGCUGUAAGCGUCAAGCUUAUAUUCCAUAUCGGGAUUCCAUUCUUACUUGGCUUCUGAAGGAUAGUCUGGGUGGCAAUUCCAAGACCAUAAUGAUUGCAACUAUUUCUCCUGCAAGCUGUUGCUAUAAUGAAACUGUGAACACCUUGCGAUAUGCUUCAAAUGCCAAAAAAAUUAUUAACAAACCUCGGGUAAAUGAGGAUGCAAAUGUGAAACUGAUUAGAGAAUUACAAGAAGAAAUAGAUAGAUUGAAGGUUAUGUUGAUGAGCUUUGAGAUGAUGAAUUCUAGUCCUUCAUGGAGUGAUGACAAAGAAGGAAAUCUUACGGAAUUAGUACUUCAGAAUGAAAUUAAGAUUGACCAGUUGACCAAAGACUGGACAAAUAAAUGGAUUAACAGAAAAGCUAUUAUGGAAGAGUACAGUGUGGAUAUCAACAAGAAAAAAGCUGGAGUGACAAUAGACUCCAGUUUACCUCAUUUAAUGGCCGUGGAUGAUGAUAUCCUUAGUACUGGAGUCGUACUGUAUCAUCUCAGGGAAGGAACAACCAAAAUUGGAAGAAGUGAUUCAAACCAGGAGCAAGAUAUUGUGUUGCAGGGUCAGUGGAUUGAAAGGGACCAUUGUACUGUAGACAAUCGGCAUGGGAUUGUGACUCUGCGGCCUCUUCAGGGAGCACGUUGUGUUGUAAAUGGUCACGAAGUAACUGAUUCUGUUCGUUUAUCACAAGGAGCUGUAGUUAUUCUGGGCAAAGCUCACAAAUUUAGAUUCAACCAUCCUGCUGAAGCUGCCCUUUUAAGGCAGAGGCGUUCGAUCUGUGAAACUUCUUCUGUAGUGAAUUGUAGAUCUCUUGAAUGGCUAGAUCUGGAUGGAGAUUUUCCUUCCCUUUCCUGUAGCUUUUAUCCAGCUGAAGCAGAAAGUAUACAUUCUACAGCUGGCAAUGAAUGCAAGUCUUCUAAAAAGAGCAAUGAACAGAGAAAUUUCGCACAUGAAGAAUGCCAGCCAAAGUUGAAAAACCAUGAGAUUCUUCAAAGCAGGGAAAUUCAACAGCAGCAACAAUAUAUUGAAGAAUUACAGCAGCAGAUCUUGGAUGGGCAGGUCAAAGCUGAGCAAGAACUGGAGCAUGAUCAGGCAGUAAUUGAUCAGCAAAUCAGAGAAAACCAGCAGUGGCUCAUUGAUGAAAAGAAACGUCUGGCUAACCAAGAGCAGCGGGAGUCUGCUGCGCAGACCGAGGUCAAAUCAUAUGCUGAAGCUGGAGUUCAGCAUGAAUCAGAAUUGAAGAUUGGCCCUUCCUUGACACAGCAGAACAAGAAGAAAUUAGUGCAGCUAGAACUUUUACGAAAAUACUCUUUGAAGAAAGCAGAAACGCAUUUAAGUCGGAAGAAGGUUAAACUACAGUUGGAGAAGAUUGUGAAGAAGCAGAAAUUGCUAGAAGCAAAGAAAAAACUGGAACGGUUAGAAGCUACUUGCUGGAUCAGCAAAGACAGUGUGAAAUCUCUGUGGUUCUUGAACCAAGAUACCAGCAUUGAAUCUUGGGAUUGCAAAAGUUCAUGGCCAGGAUCAAAACCAGACUCUUUGCAAUGCCAAAGGAAGACUUGCUUAAAACUUCAGUCACCACAAUCCAGUUUUUUCUUGAAGAGCAAUCCCUCUGAGUUAUCUACCUCAGCACAUAACUACACAUGCUCCAUAAUCAAUCCACCAAGGAAAUCUCUGUCUGCAGAGUACCUUCCCAGAGCAGUCCAAGAACUUUCCAGAAGAAAUAUUCAUGAGGAAAAAGAUGGAUCUUUCCUAGCCCAGGAGCAGCUAAUCAAAAAACAGGACACCUCUUUCAGAAAUAAAGGGAUAGUGGAAAAUAACCAUAAUAAUACAGAAGUCAUUUAUUUUGGUAAACAUAACCAAACAAUGGAGAGAUCAGAUAAUAGCUUAAGACCAACCAGAUCUAAAGCCCAGAUUUCAAAGGCCUGUACUUCUAAUCAUUUUAAGGAAAAGCAUGAACCUGAAACAAAGAAGGAAGGGUCUGAAAUUAAAGAACUAGGAGAAUUAAUUCAGCACUCAGGGGAGGACUUAAAAAAGAAUGCAGCUCAGGAAGCCAGUAAAAAAUUUCAGGUGGAUAAAAGAAAAAAACACCAAAGUUCACUUCCUGGAAAUUCUAUUAAGAAACUUAAAAAAUCAUCAAUACAUGGUAAGCCAUUUCUACAGCAACUGACCCGAACCCCAGAGAACUUUAAAAAAGGUUCAUUGGACAAACAAUCAUUAGAACAGCAUGAAUUCUUAAGGGUAGCACCUUCAGCAAGAAGCCUUAAUAAUCUAAACAGUCAAGUACCACUCUGUCAUGGAAAAAGGAGAUGGCAUAGUGCUGAAGUGCUAAAUGAUAGAAUCUCGAAAACAGGCCCCGAUCUACUGACCAGCUGGCAAGAAGAUGAAGACAUUGAGUUUUCUGACACAGAUAGUACUUAUUCUGUGGAUUCUCUUUCAUGUGCUAAUCCAGAAAUAUUGACAGGACAGUUGAAUCAUCUGGAGGAAUCAGCUCCAAUAGACAUUGUGGAAUUAGAGGGUUCAGAAAGCGAUGACAGCCAAAUGUCACAAGAUUCACUUACAGAAAAAGAAAACAAAACCGAAAGCCAAGAUAUAAAGGAUUUCCCUGAAAUACACCAGGAACCUGUUAAGCUUUGCAAAGACAAUAAUGAUCAGUCUCUCUCACAGUUAACAAACACAUCCACAUCAGGCAAUCUGACUAUCAAUGCGAGAAGCUUUUCUCUGGAUAGCUUAGGUGAUGCUGAUGAGGUGUCAGAUCUUGCAGAAGAAUCUAAAUUAGACUCGUACGAUGAAGUGCCAGCAGAGGUUUUUUGGAAGUUGCGAAACCUGAGGUCAGACUCUGCUGUGAGCAACCCACAGAACAAGUUUGAGAUCUGUAAUGAAACUGUAAGAAAAUCUAGUGCGUUGAGUCUCCAUGCAGGUUCUUUUUAUCUAGAUGCCAGCUCACAGUCUAGUUCUGUUUGUGAUCAAACAUUAAACAAGAUGAAAAUCAGUUUUUCAGAGCAAGGUGACUCGGUAGAUCAAGUGUCACAGAUUGCCGGUGAAAAUCUUCCAGUUUUGACAGAUGCUUGGCUGUCCAACAAUUUGGAAAAUCAAAAGAAUAGACCCAUAAUAACUGUUCCUUCAUCUCAAGACUAUUCAGAAUUUCAGGUUGCUCAGAUGUACCCUGUUAAUAAGUCAAAGUACUGGAUGAAGAAGGAAGAUGUAAGACAAUCAGCUGCUGAAUUAUCAUUUGUUUCUUGCUAUAAAAAACCUCAUCAGAUUUCUCAUGAGCCAAAUAAGAUUGAAAUGCUAAUUUCAUCUACAGCACCAUCAGUACCUUUACCGGAAACGAGGAAACAUCUUGAGGUUGAAGCUCCAGAAGACACAUCAUCAUUUUCUUUUUCAACCAAAAAUACAUCAUUUGGUCAUGUUUCCACAUUUCCUACAAAGCUGCAUUACUGUGAAACUGCCUCUUUACCUACAUCUAAUUGUCAGCAGCCUAAUAGCUUAUCUGAAGCAAGAUCCAUCAGUGAAUGGAAAGAAACAUCCAGCUGUUUGAAACCAGCCUCAGAGUCUGUUUCUUCACUUUAUUCUGAGAUUUUCAGAGAUCAAGAUUUUAAAAAUAACCUCUUAACUUCUGUCCCAAAUGCUCCUAUUUUACAGAAAGAAGGAGUUUAUGUAAAUACCGGUUUUGAAGAAUGUCUCUUUAGAACGAUUGAAAAGGGAGAUGCCAAUUCUGAUUCAGAUAGUAGCAUAAGGGACUCAAAAAUAGUUGAGUUACACCACAUAAAUAAAGUGGCCUUUCACUCCAGGGACCACUUUGCAAUAUUAAUGCAGACCCCUGAAACUGAAAAAGUCAGUAUGCAAGAGCACAGGGAUGUCCUGACAGAAUCUGCCUUAGAGGUUCCCUUAUUUAGAGAAGUGGAGGAAGAAGUACCUCGAGGUGAAGAAUGGGAUUCAGAAAAUAAAUAUACAUUUCAGACAAAAGGCUUAACGAGGGAUUCCCCUCCAAGCUUAAAAGUUGAUUGUUCUGGAAGUAAAGUGAGUCAGAAAGCUUUGCCAACUUUUCACGCUGAAAAUAUGAUGGAGAAGAGCAGCGAGGGGGACAACUGUAACAUGAAUUCUGCUUCCAAGCAAGGAACAGCUUCAUCUGUUUCUGUGGAUUUUGUGAUUGACAAAUCAGUGCAUUCCAAUGUAGAUGUAAAUGAGAAAAAAACUGAUGCUUCACUUGAGUGUUCUUGCAAAAUAAGUGAAAAAUUCACUCCUCAAUUCAAUUCAGAUAUGUGUUAUGAAAACAUUCCUAGAACUAAGGAUGUUUGUGAGAUGAGAUCUUCUUUCAUGGAAAAUAAUAGCAAUCUCUCAGAUCAGAAACACACUCUUCAUAAAGAGAUAGAUAAUUUUCUUGCGUCUAACUCCCUCAUUCACUCUGGAAAAACCAAAGCUUGUUGCACACCUACAUUAAGAGAGCAGAAAGAACCUCCAGUUUUACAUUAUUUAUUUAAUGAAAAUGAUUGCUUGGGAGCAGGAGGACUGCAUUCUAGUCUAUCCAGAAAUAACACUGGAAAGGACUCUAGAAGCACUUUGGGAGAAGAUGGAAUGUUAUCAGUCACAACUUCUCAACAACUCAGGCUAUAUAUCAAUAAAAUGUCUAAUAAUCUAAAAGAAGAAUCCAGAAAGUUGCCAGAAGAAUCCAAAGUUGCCAGAAGAAUCCCUACAACUUCAGAGAGAAAUCAGGCUGAAUACAAUAGCAAGACUAUAAACUCUGAAGAACUCAAAAAGUUAGUAAUUAGUAUCAAUAAGCUGGAAAGUGAUAUUUUAGAAAUGAAAUGUAGUCAGAGUAAAAGUUUACAGAAUUACUGUACAGUUGAACCUUUAGAAAGUAGGAGAAACUCUGAAAUCUCUCAUUUGAUUCAGGAACCGAACAGUGAUAAUGAGAAAUGUUACAAGAACCAGUCUGUAAUUGUAGCAGUAGAAGAUGAAGAGAAGGUCCAGCUGACUGAUUCUAGUGAAAAAGAUCAGACUGCAUCAAAGCUGGCAAUGAAGUGUGAGAAUAAUACCCACAUACCCAAUGUUAAUCAUAAUAAAGUCCAAGAAAAUGAAAAACAAAGCAUUUGUCCUGCAGACAUAAAAGAAAGCUCUAAAAGCACAGUAGAGUUUCCUGACACACAUGAACAACCAGUUAAAAAUGAUAUCAGUACAGAAAAUAUCCAUGGUUCUGAACCAUCAGUGACUGCAGUAACCAUGAAGUAUGGGCAAGAUACUAAUUUAAACUACAAUAAAGAAGAUAAAAAAAAAUGUAGUAACAAUGAGAUCUAUUCAAAAGAAAUCUUAACAAAAUAUCCUAAUACUAUUCAGGAAGAUAAAGUUGAUGGGGGUAUAAUUUGUUCUCAAAGAGUGGAUAAAGAACAAAGAGAUGCAAGAAAAAAUGAGGGAUGUAAAAAUUCAGAAUUAACUGGGUUACAGCUUGCUGAAAAUACUGCAUUGCUGCAAGAGAAUCAGACUCAGUGUUUUACUAAUUGUGACAACAGUAAUGGAACUAAACUUGAUAUGGCCGAAAUACCAGAAACAUACUUCACUGCUUCUAAAUUGGAAGAACAAGAUGAUGAACUUGAUUUACCUGAAAUACAUCUUAAUAGUAUUGAAACACAUGACGAGAAAGGAUCAGUAAAUCUUUGGAAUCAUAUGAGUGAAGUAUUGAAAGACAAUAAUGAUAGUGCUGAUUUUGGUGAUAAUAAAGGUAUCACUGAGCAGUGUGGAAUUAAAAAAGAACCCAAACAAAUUAGUGAUGUUGAAAGUAUUAAUGCAUCUCAACCUUCCACAGGUUAUUCUCAGAACUCUAUUUCAGAACACUGUGAUACAAAUUUUGUUGGAAACAGUCUUGAUGCUUAUAAAUAUAUACCAAUUCACUGCCUUCCUAAGGAAAAUGGGCCAGUACAUUUAAUAACUCCAGGACAAUUAUGUAUACCUGAGGUUCUAUCUCAAACCAUCAAGGCACAAAACAUGCAUACUUUCAAAGGAGAAAAGAAAGAGAGUAUUUUGAAGAAAAUAGUGGAAAUCCAGAACAGGAUAUCUUCCAAGGUCAAGCUUUACCAACAAACAAAUGCAGUUACUGCUUUUCAGAUAGUGAUGCAGAAUUGCUACCUCACAUGUUUUCAAGGAAUUCACCAAAGAGAUGCACUAGAAAAUACAAAUCAAGAUUAUGGUUUAACUUCAAUCACCGUUAAAAGGUUUUCCCAUGAUCCUGCACAAAGUCCUUUGUUACAAGGAAAAAUUACAAAUGGAGAAAAUAGGAACAGUGAUUUUACUAGAGCAAAUGAUUUGACAAUGACAUUGAGUAAUAAUGUCUGCAAUGAAGUACUUCAGUAUUAUGAAACACAAAUAGAGAAUGAUGUGGAAGCUGGAACACUAUCUCCUGUGGACAAAGAGGAAAUAAAUAAAUCUGUAGAGGAUUUAAUGUUAAAUAAAACUUCAAAUUAUUCUGGAUCUGAGCAGAGUCCUAAUAAAGAGGGCACAUAUUCCAAAUUUAUGGAAUGUAAUAAAUCAUUAGAUUAUGCUUCUGUUGAUGUCGCACAAAACAAAGUUAUCCCUCACAAAAGAUUGGAUUCUUCUGUAAGUCACAAUGUAGGCAAGUUUCAUGAAGAAGGCAAAAAGUCAGACCAAUUGUUAAAUUCAUUCAAUAUACUUCAGAAAGAAAGUGCUACUUUAGGCUUAAUAAUCUCAGAAAAAAUAUUCUCCACUUCAGCAUUCAGAGAUGAGGUAGAAGAAAUGACAUACGCUUCUCAAGAUCGUUUUAAGAAUAGUGUCAGUCAGAAAGAGGUGGAUUCAUUAGUGCAAUAUAAUCAGGAAAAUAAAUGCCUUGUUACCAAGUACAUUGAAAGAGAAUGCAAAUCCAAUAUUGAAAAAUGUAAUGAAUUGGUGGGAUGUCAAGCAGAAACCACAGAAAUUUGUGCAUGCAGAACUUCUCAUGAUUUCUGUAUAGAACAUAACUCUGUAGCAACCUCUGAUGGUGAGAAUCUUUCAGAUAAUUCUGACAAACCCAUGUGGGAAAAUACUAAUUUUAUGGACGACUAUGGUUCAGGAUGUAAUGUGAAUUCUUAUUUGUCUGAUUACUCUGCUAGACACUUGAGCGCAUUAGCUACAGAUGAUAUUUAUUUUGAGGAGAGUAAAUGUCUUAACUCGAAAGUAUCUGAUUUUCCUGUAUCAAGUGCAGAUAAUUAUGCUUUACAUCAACAAGGCAGGAAAAUUGAUAGAGACAGUGAUAGCAUAAAAAACAUUGAAGAGAUCUAUCAGAACGAAGAACAAGAUCAAAAUGAUUUUCCUGAAUGUAUUUGUGACCAAGAAAAUGCAUCUUUACAGUCUGAGAAUUACAUGACUAGGACAGAAACAAAAUUGCCUGAAAGAAACUUGCAUCCUCCUCAACAUUUUAAUCAAAGAAGCAGUUGUGAAACAACAGUACCUCCUAAAUGUUCUAUGGAAGAUUUUUCAGCUUGCACUUUAUUUAAACAUGACAGCACUCUUGAGAUCCCAAAGUCUCAAGAGUGUUCCACAUGUUCUAUAUGUAGUUCAUAUGCCAGCUCACAGCAAGAUGCCUUUCUGGCUUCCAGUUUGUCAGCUACAUUUCAACUCCAAGAAAGUAACUUGCUUUGUCAUCAGGAUUUACCAGAUAUUUGUUGUUCAUCUUCAGAAACAUCUCUUAAGAACAACGUAAGUCACAGUGAGUCUCAGAUAUCUGCUGCUUUAAAUCCUGCUCCAUUAAACUGUCCUUCACUUGUUAUCAAUGAGAUGCAGGAAGGCAAAUGUGAAGAUUCUGAAAUUCGUAACCCGCAGCUGUGUGCUUCAGAAACAGUUCUUUUUCUUGCAAAAGAAAAUGAAUGUCUUCCAUUAUCUCAAAGAAACUCAAUUUUAGAUUGCAAUGGAAUACAUAAUUUUAAGUCUGAAAAAAAAUACCAUGAAGUAGCUGAUUGUCAGGAACCUAGGAAUAUUGUUUUACCACAAAAAGAAUGCUUAGAAGAUAGUGACAAAAGUUUGUAUCACACUUUAAAUACAAAUCUUGACUUACAAAGAGAGCAGAGUACACUACAUUUAAAUAGCAGUGUGGAAUCAAUAAAUAUUCCUACUACAAAAAUAGAUAACCAUCAUACAACUGCAUGUAAGAUGAUGAAGGCUGAGAGAGAGAUUUUGACAUCAGACCAACUAGACAUUUCAAAAAAGAAUGACAGUAUCCCUUCCAGAUAUUUAUCAAUAAAUAACUGUUUAACUUUGCAAGAAGAACCUGCAUCAGCAAUACAUAAGCAUAAAAAUAACAUUUCUACUUCACAGAAUGCAAAGAGAAUGAAAAGAGAUAGACAGUGGCCAGAUUUGCAGAGUCAUAGCUUAUCAGCACCAAUGAUUGCCACAUCUUUUGUUGAAUGUGCUUCAGAAACUUCUGAAGUAGACAUUUCUGCGCAUCCAGCUUCUAAGUCAUUACAAGACUUAAAUAUGAGCAUUGAGCCUCCCUCUCCAACUGGGGAUGACAUGUCCAGUGCUGAAAACUUAUCAAAAUUAAAGACAGAUAAUGUCCCAAUUAAGUAUAAACCCCAAUUUCAAAAGAAAUCUGCUGAAGCCCAUGGAGACUAUAAAGAACAAUCUCAAGAUAUUCCUUCUUCAGAUUCACCCCUGGUUCAUUGCUUAAAAGCUGUUAUUUACUCUACUGGUAAUCCUACAGAUAUAGAAGCAAGCAAAUACUCAAAUAGUAUUACUUCACUGCAUGGUUAUCAUAUGAGCAAAAAUGAAGAACUGAGAUAUCAGUUAGAGGCAACAAAUGAACUGGAUCAAGAGAAUAAUGAUUCCAUGCACUUUAAUUCAAGUGACAUAAACCCUUAUAUUCACCCAUGGCAGCAAGAUGAAUGUUGCAAGAUUGGUUGGAAACAAUAUGUCUUUGGAAGCGCCAGUGAUGUUUCCAGCAAUCCUCCUCCACUGAGGUUGGAUAAUCAAACUGUUACGAGAUGUUCUAGUGUGGACAAUGGCUUGAACUCUCAAAACUCUCCUUUCCAGUCUCAUCUCAGUUCUUAUGCUAAUGCAAGAAUGUUGUCCAGCACCCUUAGUAGCACAGAAGAUCUCCAAAGGUGGGAUGUUGCAAGGGAAGGUUUUGAAUCUACAUAUUCUGAUGGAAAUGGCAAACUUGAUACAAAUAUUUCUCAGGAUGAACUUGAAACCACACCAGAAAAUUGCAUUUCCAGUUGUGAAAAUGUUCUUCCAGAUAUGAGAUGCACUCAACAAUCUGAAAAUACUUCCACACAAGUUGAUGAAAUUGUUCUACUCUACCCUACUAAAGCAGAUUUAUCAUCUAAUAAGCAGCAAGAAAUACUUAUUUGUGAACGAGAAACACAGACAGAAGCUCCAACAAAGCAUAAAAGACAGAAGAGACACCGCAGAAGCUAUACAGACAUAUCUGCAAGAAAACCUGAGCCAAGCAAGAGUUCAUUCCAAGAACCUUCUUCUUGGUCAAGUGUGCAAGACAUUUCCAUGCACCUUUCACAGCUUCUUCACAACACCUCUGAGCUGCUUGGAAAUUUGUCCUUACAAAGAAUAAAAGAUAAUGAACCAAAUUACCAUAAAGCAAUUGAACAGAGAACAAGCUUUGGUAUGUUUGAUCGCUAUACUCAAACAACAGAAGACAUAGGCAUUCAAACUGAUAUUUUAGGACAUCCUCAAAAUACAAUCAAGGACAGACAAAUUAAUGCUAAUAUGAAAAAUGACCUAGUGAAAUCUCAGGAAGUAAAUGUUAUUGUGAAGCUAGUACAUCCAGAUACUAUAACUCUACCUAAGGAAAGAACAUCAGAAAGCAAAGGAAGGAAAUUGUUGAGUAUGCCUGACAUAAGAAGUCAUGAUGUUGAUACUCAAGAACAUUAUUAUAUGCCUCAAUCUACCUUAGGUAUACAUUCCAGUUCUUCUUCAGAAGUGCCUAAAACACCAUUAAAUAUUUCAACAGCACCUGCCUUCAGUAGUCUCAAAGCGUAUCCAGCUGUAUCCUCAUUAUAUAAUUCUAGACUUGAAUCUUCAGCUACUGCAGUUAGUAAUCCUGCUUCUUUGUCUCCCAACUGCUACUUUCAAGAUAAGAAUGCUAUUGAUAAAACUAACAUUCCAGAAGCAAGGGAACUAUAUUGUAAAAAUAACUUGCUGGUUGACCGAGCCUCUUCCCCAAUUUUGAUUCUUAGUGCAAGUCCAGUCAACCAGCAACCUACAUCAGAGAUGUUGACUAAUUUUUCCAAAGCAUUUGCUGGGCAACAGGUGAGAAGUACUGAAAAUUCAGGAACUGGUUCUAAAAAAAAAGACUCAGAUCUACAAUAUAAUAUGAGUUCUUGGGAGCCAUGUGUUGAUACUUCUUCACAUGCUGAGGUGGACAGUGAGUCUACCACACUUAGAGAGAGCAAGGAUAUGCAUAAAAGGUCUGGAAAUGGCUUGGAUGGGAACAUGACCAAAGUGCUUCCCAAAAAAGGUAUUUCAAAACAAAAGCACAGAUUUACCUUUGACACACGUACUGCAGUUCACACCGAAAGACUUUAUCACUCAAGCAGUACUUUAGAACUUUCUAGCCAUGGGGAAUAUGUAAUUGAUGAUCAUGGAGAGACCCUUCCCCCAGAACAUUCAUUUCAUCAGAUACAAACUAUGAGGAGGGCAAGAAACUUCUCAGGAGGAAUCAAAAGUGGAAACUCCAUUAGAAAUUCAGAAUGCUCACCAACUAAAAAGUCUUUACCAACAUCUUUAAAUGAGCAUCAUAUAUCUUCAUACAUAAAAUCUGAUGAGACUCAUGAAUGUGUUCCUGAUUCUUCUUCUCAACCAUGCCAUCAGACCUGGAGAAAUGAGAAGGGUGGCUCUUUUCUCAGGUCAGAAAUGAGUGACAUGCAAGAUGAAGAUGAUGAUGGUGAUGGUGAUGAUACAAAUACAGGAUCUGAUACUGAUAGUGAAUGUAAUACUGAAAUUUUGCUAAAUGGGAACACUUCAUUAGUAAAAGCCCACAGACAUCGAAGCUACAGUCUUCGUGACCUGCCCAUGCACAACAAAUUCAGCAACUGGUGUGGUGUGAAGGGAGCUCCUCACUCUUCUUUAACUAGCCUGACACGGAGUGCUAGUGAUAUCCACAGCCAAACAGAAAGGAAGUCAGUUAACACAAGAGCAACUGAAAUAGAAGAGAGAUCUCUGCUUAGUGAAAGAACAGCCAGAGAGAUUGAAAGACUACGAAGAGAGCGUGCCCAGGUUAUGUCUGGAAUACAUUUAGAUAUGAGUCAGCAACCUCUGACUGUGGAACUCACUGAAGCAAAGCUAACCUAUGGGAUUGGGGAAACUGAUGCACAGCUGAGGAUUCUUCAGAAUGUAGUAGGCGAGGAUGUGACAUCAGUGCCCAUAAAACAGCAGCUUUAUAAACGGCACAAGAAAUCAAUUGAAAUAUUGAGGAAACAGAGAGAAGAGAGACUUCAGUGCUUCAGAAGGAGCCGCAGUCUUAGUCCACAAAAGCAUCUGAGUCUCUUGCAAACCCUGGACAGUAACCAGAGAGAAACAGAUCUCCCCAGCCGACGCCGUGAAUACCUCCAGCAGUUGAGACGAGAUGUUGUAGAAAAUACAAGGGUUCAGGAACCAAAAACCAGGAUCCAGCAUCCUUCAGAGAUUGAACAGUUGCUUCGAGAUUAUCAGAGAGCACAAGAAGAGACCAAAACUGAAAUUGCACGAGCAAGGGACAAGCUCCGCGAAAGAGCUGAGCAAGAAAAGAGGCGCAUUCGAGAACAAAUAUAUUCUCAACUGCAGAAG